AUGUCGAGGUCCAUCCGAAUAAUGUGUGUUCUACUUUUGGUGACCCCAUCAGUGAAAUUCGCGGUCAACGGCGAACUGGUGACUCUGGCCACGGUAGCCACAAUAGCUGGUGUAGCGUCCACUGUCAUCAAAAUAGCCAAAGAUGGCACGUCGGUACUGAAGAGUACCGUGAGGUACUUGAGCGAGGAUCCAGAAACGCUUGGUCCAAAGCACGAGAAACACUUUAACGCGGAGCACGAUCAGCUAUUGGACCACUUGAGGUCUUUGGCAAAGGUCAAGUACGAAAUCAAAACGGACCUGGAAAACAUGAAGGAGGACAUGCUAAGCCAGAUGUUUCGAACGUUGCCCGGACUGGUCGAGUUGAACAAUCGCUUGACCAAAGUUUUCGUGCACGUCGACAGUGUGGACAGUUAUUACGAAACGUUUGUUGCCUACUACGAAAAACUCGGGAGAUACAACAGGGACAAGGUGGUAGAGUUUGCCAACAGCGUGACAUCCGACACAAGACAUGGACUUAACCACCUGCUCGACGACAUACACAAGUACCUAGUCAGAGGUUACGGUGUGGUUCCUAGUUCCUUGACACUAUUGGCACGAAACAUGCAGGUUUUCGUGGAAGCCAACCAAAUCCCGAUGAGUCCACAGCAAUUGGUUUACGAUCUUCUGCUCAGCGUCAUGUACACGGAGCUCAAAGCUUUUUUUACAAUCAGAUACAGCUACGAAGUCCUCAAUUUGUAUGGACACGGAAAUUUCUCGACUCAUAUCGAAAAAACAGAGUACGACUUUGGUAGACGCGUCAACAAUACUUUGAGUACCUUCCAGCAAUUAAUGAAGAACACGUCGCGCGAAGUGUCAAAAAACAAUCCACCCACGCACGUGGAAGGUAAAACGUACACGGAGCUGAAGAACGUGUUCCAAGAGUUCGUUAUCAACGAAAAGGACAUAAGCAACGAUCAGGAUUGCAGCGCCAGUUGUUCCGACUACAGCCGGCCGUUUAGAAAAAAUCUCCGGUCUUGCAGUUACAAGGGGGAAGUUUGCAACGCGAGAUUUUGCGACGGUUCGUUGCACGACUGCCGUUUCAAGGUCGACACCGACAUGUCCAUUUGCAUAUCGGGACAAAACAGCAGCCGCUACUACGAGUUCAUAGAUUACAACAAUGGACUCCGUUAUGGCGAUCGACGGGCCGAGUGCUCCACGGCGAGACUGCAAGCGUCCCGGAAAUUCGAAUUUUCAAAGUGGUGGUGCGACCCGUGCUUCUGCGUCUGUGCCGACAACACCCCCAAGUCGGAGAGACACUUCAGCUUGGACCUCGCCAGGACCAACGCCGAAGAAAAUUACGUGAUAACGGGCGCUCGAUUCGCCAAGAGGAAGAACAUGAUGCACAUCCAGAUAAGGGAAGGGCAACUGUUGCCCAACGGCCGCAUCAACGCCAGCACCUCGCGGUGGUCCAAGAUAAACGACAGCCCCGCGCAUUACUACACGCUCCAGUGGGAGGAGGGCCGGGAAAUCAACUUUGACGAGCUGAAGGUGCCGAGGAAUUACGUCCUCACCGGGCUGUCGUUCGCCUCGGGCGUGUCCGACUCGAGGACGUACACCCGGCGCUUGCACCUGACGGCCCUUGCCGCGCCCUUGUACUACCACGACGGCGUCCUCAACCUGAGGCACGAGCAGCAAUUCGUCAACCACAACCUCUUCUCGAGUAAGAGGAUCGACAUAGAAAACCGGGAUGUCCCGACGCGCACCGGGACACCGACCAACCUCAGGUCCGGCGACAACGAGUACUUGAGGUUCACCCACACCGGGUUGGACGGGGACGUUGGCCAAAGCACGGUCCCCUUCAUCGACAUCCAGGAGGUGACGACGGACCCCCCCGUGCCGAUGAACAGCGCUGGGGUCUUUUUCAGGAGCCGAGCCGACAACGGUGGCUUCGUGGCCCUCAAGUUGCUCUCGUACGACUACUCCCAGCACAUGGCGGCCGAUCUGCCGAACGGCUACAAGGACUUUGGGAGCUUGUAG